GUGGAAAUCUGUACUGAUUCGUUACCUAAAGGACUCGCGGCUGCGUUCCGGGGUUCAAGCGCUUCCCCGUUACUUUUAUUCCUGUGAAAAGAAAAAUGUCCACGGCGGGUGUGCUGUCCCCUGCCGCUGUGCCACCCGAUUACUAUGAGGAGGACGAGCUGGAAAGUGUGGAGGAAGAAGAUGACCGGAGCUUCAGGGGCAGGGAGUCUGAUGAAGAUACAGAAGAUGCCAGUGAGACGGACAUAGCAAAACAUGACAAUGUCGACUAUGUGGAAAUGAAAGAACAGAUGUAUCAAGACAAACUGGCUUCUCUGAAGAGACAACUACAGCAGCUUCAGGAAGGUACCCUACAAGAGUACCAGAAGCGACUGAAAAAGUUAGAUCAACAGUACAAAGAGAGACUACGAAAUGCUGAGCUUUUCCUGCAACUAGAGACUGAGCAGGUAGAAAGAAAUUACAUCAAGGAGAAGAAAGCAGCUGUUAAGGAAUUUGAAGAAAAGAAAAUUGAGUUAAAGGACAACUUAAUGGCAGAGCUUGACGAAAAGAAGAAAAUGAUUGAAAGCGAGAAAUUAACAAUGGAACUGACUGGAGAUUCCAUGGAAGUGAAGCCUAUUAUGACACGAAAAUUACGAAGAAGGCCGAAUGAUCCAGUGCCAAUUCCUGAUAAACGAAGGAAACCUGCUCCAGCCCAGCUAAAUUAUCUGCUGACAGAUGAACAAAUCAUGGAGGAUUUACGAAUCUUAAACAAGUUAAAAUCUCCCAAGAGACCUGUAUCUCCCUCAAGUCCAGAACAUCUUCCAAGCACACAGAAUGAAUCCCCUGUCCAACGAUUUGAAGCACGUAUAGAAGAUGGAAAGCUAUACUAUGAUAAGAGAUGGUACCAUAAGAGCCAAGCCAUAUAUCUGGAAUCUAAGGACAAUAACAAAAUGAGCUGUGUCAUCAGUUCUGUGGGAAAUAAUGAGAUAUGGGUAAGAAAGAGCAGUGACAGCACCAAAGUCAGAAUUUACCUGGGCCAGUUACAGAAGGGCCUGUUUGUGAUCAGGAGACGUUCCGCAGCAUGACAUACAGAACUCUUAAAGAGAGUGUUGAUCCCAACUAACUUCCAGUAUCACUGGCAAAUGGAUAUCAGUGAACAUUGAAGCAUUGGGGUUAAAAUUUGUCAUGGCAGUCCUUUGCUAGAAUCAUUUUUGGAUCAAUCUGGAUUUGAUGAGUACAUUUUUCAUGACUUUGAUUCAUUGGAUCUUCAAACAAUCCUUCCCCAGUGCUACACUGUCUUCAGUAAUCAUUGUGGCUUACCACUUCUAAAGCAACCAACAUACCUUCACCUCCAAGAUGAUAUGCAUUGAAAUUCUAACAGCUGCAAAAAUGGUGGCUGCCAUUAUUGGUGCAGUGUUGCAAGCUUAUUUACAGAGAGGGUCAGUCUGUACUUUUAGUUUUGAGUCAAAUGUUUAACUUUUACCUUUUAACAUGCUAUGCUUUUAAAGCGAACUGUUACAAAGGCCAAUAGUCCAAAAUGUGUUAAUAAUAAGAACAAAGUUCCUUUAUUUGCAAUGAUACCAGCUUUCUUUUAAUGCUAUGGCACACCAGCUGGUUUGACCUUUCUCAGGGUGAACCAAUAGUCCCCAAGAUUCAUUUAAAAAGGAACAAUAUCUCCAUUGGCCCUACGCGUUUCGUGCCCCCCAGGAAGUGGGUAUUUAUAGGAGAAAUUAUAUACCCAGUUCCUGGGAGGUAAAGAGAGCCCAUGAAACACGUAGUGUUUUUUUUUUUUUAAUGAAUCUACAAAAAUAUUAUAUUUUUAACUUAUUUUUGGCGGUGAGUGCCUGAUACCUCUUUUCGUUUGUUUCUGGUUUAUCUGCUCCCUAAGCCUGGAUCACCUGUUCUACAGGGUGACUAAUCAACAUAUUCUAGAACCUGUGCGCCCCCCCCACCCUUUUUUUUGUGGUUUAAUGUUUUUACCUAAAACUCUCUUCCCUGUGUGCUGUCAUCUUCCUCUUCAUAUGAAUGGGAAAUGUGCUGCUUAGAUGGUGAUGCUUUCAAACAGUCAUCAUAGGAAAAUUAUAUUUUUGUAGUUGCCUAAUGAUUCUCCCCUCCCAAGGAGAGACUUAUGACUGGCAUGAUUGUCCUGAGGACACUGUAGUUGCAAUGUAGGCUAUAUACUAUAACCACAUGUAAUGAGCACACACACAGAACUUAACAAGGUAUUGGCAUAAAGCUUAUGGAAAAACAAAUUACCAUUACAUUUCUUUUUUUAGACUAUACAAGCAUCGGUACUCUGCUGCAUCCAUUGUUUUAAAGGAAACGUCAGAUCUAUGUAGCAGACACAACCAGUCAUUGUCACUAAUACACAACCUCUCAGCUAAACUAUAAUCAUUUUCAUAUAGUAAAGCUAGAAUGAAAUUCCAGCAAUUUAUACAUAUCUGUCAGAUUUAUGGGAGCUUAUUUAUCAUUACAUGAAAAUGACUGUUCACCCCCUUGAUAAAUACACCCUUAGAAACCCCAUAGAAAUGAAUAUUUCACUCUAGUGUCACUCUUUGAUAAAUAUACCCCAAAAUAUCUCAGGAACACAAUGCAGACCUUUCUAUUUUUAAUUUUGCUCUCUUCUAGGAUACUUGGCUUUUAUAUAUUUCAAUGCAAAGCAAACUGCUUUAAUGAUUUUACUAGACUUUACUGAAAAUGCUGCAGAAUAGCCAUCCACGCUCUCCGUGUGUACUUACUAUAGCAGUGUUUGAGCUGCUAUCACAUGGUUGGACAUUGCCAAGUGUUGCACCAUUCAUCAUUUGAAACACUGCCGUAGAGUUCCAGCUAAAUUGGCCUUAUUCCCACUGCACCCUUUAUUUGAAAGCAGAGGAUUUCUUUGAUUCAGUAUUUGUGGAAAGUCAUUCAUGCUAAUGACUGGUCUUAGUCUUUAAAUAUGAGACCCAAAACAAUUGUCAAUUGUGAGAAACUCCAUUUAUGUGGCUUUGUAUGAGUAAUUAUAUAUUUUUAGUGUAUUUCCCAGAGUUACAAUUAACUGCAAAUUUGAAAAAUGAAAUAUACAUAUUGAGUUAUUUAAUGCCAUCUACCUGGAGCCUAUCCGUGUACCUGUUCUUUGAGGCUAGUCAUACAAGGAGCAAAAUGGGGCUACAGUUAAUCUGUGGGAUUAUUUGGAGCCUGAGUCCAUUGAGUUUUUUGUUUAUUAGGAGUAGAAUCAGUGUGUCCAGGAUGAUCACAAAGAAAACAGCCCUGGCAGCAUAGAUUAGAUUAACAGAGAAUGCUGUGACAUAUUGGCCGGUCUGGUUAAUUGAAGGAUCCAAGGAUUGCAGGUAGGAGUACUUGAUUGCUUUAUGUAUUAGCCCCUGUAUGCAAGUGCUCCACCCUGCAACACUGGAGUCACUCUGCAUCAUGUAGGAUAAACUGGUGGCUGCUUCAGAAAUUCAUCCACUUGCCCACUGCUUCACAAAAAUCGCUAAAUGAGGUGGUGCAAUGAAUGCUUUCUCUUGGAAAUGGUUGUCUGUCUUUUUCAUAAUGCACUCUAAUUUAAUAAACAAAGGCUCUGACCAUUUUUGUUCAUUUUUUGUGUGUAAGAAAUAACUGGCAUCAACAACAAUUAUUUUUAAAUUCUUUGUAUUAAUAAAGUUGACAUUCCAUUGU